CUACCUGUUUGAGCUGUGAAUUCGUGUUGUGGUUGUGUGGUGUGAUACGGAACCGUGGUAUCGCCUCCUCCAUCACUAUAAUGCUUCGGUUCUGUCCAGGCUCCUCGGCGUUAAGUGUCCAGGUAUGAAGUCAUAUUCAAUAAUGACUGUAAAAUAAUUUGAACGACAUCGUUGUACACACAUUGGCCAUCUUUGGCUACCUGAUGCCAAGCGCGCGGCUUCGGCGGGGAUGCUCUCUCCCAUUUAGCGCAUGUGUGACCUUUUUCCAGCAUGCUGUGGCUGAACUGUUCCUGCAGGAUGAGCUCAGGCCGAUCUGGUAUACUGUACAUGCAGAAUGGGUUACAUGCAUGAUGGUGUCCUAACGGCACCGGCUCACUGUAGGUCAGACAACGGAAAAUGCACCGGCGAAGGGUCUCAACGAUACCGGUGGCACCAUGUGUUUGAGGUAGGCGGUGCGUCGCGGAGAUCAGGCUGCCUCGUCACGGGACGACACCGAGGUUUUAUGUGGAUGCAAUCACGCAGCUUCACAGUGCUCGACCAGUGUCUGGACCUUUGUUUGUGUAACAAUUUCAGAUUAUGUGCUUCUUGUACUGUGUUCUUAUGUCCCCUGGCACGCCGUUUUCCCGGAGCGAUGUGUGAACUAGAUGAUGUUGGUGAGCAGCGGCUGGGACAUGUGAACGGCCUGCUGGAGAUCGAGAGCUGCUUGGGAAGGAAGGCUGGUGAAGAGGGGGGCGUCUGCAUGGGUGUGGGGAAGAACACCUCCAAGGGCGUGGAUUCCGGGGCGGAGGGAGCCAUGUACGAAGAGGAGAGCAGAUGCACUGCGAACUUCUACCCUAUUCCUGUGGUGGUAAACGGCGUCCAGGCCGUGUCAGAGCAGGAUGCCGAGGACACGCAGCUCAUGGCCAUCUACAGCAAGGACAUGGAAGGUGGGGAGAAGAGCUCGCUGUCGGAGACGGUGGACAGCGCAGGGAGUAUGGAGACGAGGGGAAUGGACAUGAUCUACACCAUCGAGGACAAACCACCCUGGUACCUCUGUGUCUUCCUCGGGCUGCAGCACUACCUGACCUGCUUCAGCGGCACCAUCGCUGUCCCCUUCCUGCUCGCUGAGGCCAUGUGCGUCGGCUUCGACCAGUGGGCCACCAGCCAGCUCAUCGGCACCAUCUUCUUCUGCGUGGGCAUCACCACCCUGCUACAGACCACGCUGGGCUGCCGCCUGCCCCUGUUCCAGGCCAGCGCCUUUGCCUUCCUGGCUCCUGCCCGCGCCAUCCUGUCCCUCGAGAAGUGGAAGUGUAACACUACAGUCGUUCCCACGCUGAACAGCACGGAGUUGCCGAACACGGAUCAUAUCUGGCACCCGAGGAUACGAGAGAUCCAGGGAGCCAUCAUCGUGUCGUCCAUGAUCGAGGUGUGCAUCGGGGCCCUGGGCCUUCCGGGGAUGCUGCUGAAGUACAUCGGCCCCCUGACCAUCACCCCCACCGUGGCCCUCAUCGGCCUCUCGGGGUUCCAGGCUGCAGGGGAGAGGGCGGGCAAGCACUGGGGCAUCGCCAUGCUGACCAUUUUCCUGGUGCUGCUCUUUUCCCAGUACGCCCGCAACGUCCAGCUGCCCCUCCCCAUCUACCAGGCCAAGAAGGGCUGGACCUCCUACCGCCUUCAGCUCUUCAAGAUGUUCCCGAUCAUCAUGGCCAUCCUGGUCUCCUGGCUGCUGUGCUUCAUCUUCACUGUGACCGAUGUCUUUCCGCCCAAGAGAGAGCAGUAUGGCUUCUAUGCCCGCACCGACGCCAGACAGGGGAUCCUGACUGUGGCCCCGUGGUUUAAGAUCCCCUACCCCUUCCAGUGGGGCCUGCCCACCGUCACCACGGCUGGCGUGAUUGGCAUGAUGAGCGCUGUGGUGGCCAGCAUCAUCGAGUCCAUCGGCGAUUACUACGCCUGUGCCCGCCUGUCCUGCGCCCCCCCACCACCCGUCCACGCCAUCAACAGAGGGAUCUUCAUCGAGGGGGUGUCCUGUGUGGUGGACGGUAUAUUCGGGACGGGGAAUGGCUCCACCUCUUCCAGCCCCAACAUCGGGGUGCUGGGCAUCACCAAAGUGGGCAGCCGGCGCGUGAUCCAGUACGGUGCCGGCUUUAUGCUGCUGCUGGGCACGGUGGGCAAGUUCAGCGCGCUGUUCGCCUCGCUGCCGGACCCGGUUCUGGGCGCCCUCUUCUGCACGCUGUUCGGCAUGAUCACCGCCGUGGGCCUCUCCAACCUGCAGUUCGUCGACCUGAACUCCUCCCGCAACCUCUUCGUCCUGGGCUUCUCCGUCUUCUUCGGCCUGGUGCUGCCCAGCUACCUUAAACAGAACCCGCUGGUGACAGGCAUCGUUGAGAUCGACCAGGUGCUCAAUGUGCUCCUGACGACGGCAAUGUUCGUUGGGGGCUCCGUGGCAUUCAUCCUGGACAACACCAUUCCUGGCUCUAUGGAGGAGAGGGGCAUCCGCAAGCUGAAGCGAGGCUCCGGCCUGGGCAAGGCCGAGCUGGAGGGCCUGCACUCCUACGACCUCCCGUUCGGCAUGGGCUUCCUGCGCCGCCACCGGCUCUUCCAGCACCUCCCCAUCAGCCCCACCUUCGUGGGCUACGACUGGGACGUGUCACAGGGUCGCUGUUGGAGGCGCAGGAGCAGAGCGGAUGGAGCGUGUGGAGGCGCCGCCGCGACGGCCGAGGCCGGCGUAUAGCGAGGGAGGGGCGGGGCAUCCAGCCUGGCGGUGCCCAUGUUGCGUUACACCAUGCCACCCCUGUCCUCCCAGCGGGACUGAGCUGUGCUGCUGCUGCACCUCCUGCCGAACCCUCAGCCCCAUUUUAUUCGUUCUAUUGCCACUUUUUUGGCUGCUAAAUUAUUAUCUGUUUGGUCUUUUGUUUGAAAGCAUUUUUUUUGUACUUUAAGAACAGGCCAAUGCAAAAAAAGAUGUUUUAUUUUCAGCUCUGGCGCCAAAAUACUAGUAAAUGCAGACUGAAGGACUGUUAAUUUUUUUGUGUGUGAUUGUGAUUGAGAAGUGGAAGUAAAAGGACAUCAGCAGAAUAAGGGAAUCGCUCCCUUGCGGGGCUUGUGGGACGUGCCUUUGCUCAGCCUGUCAGCGUCUCCCAAUCUGACUCUCGGCACCCAGGGAGGGGUCAGGGGGGCCCCGUUUUAUUUUCACUUCUAAUUCAUCAUUUUAUUCCCUGUUUCAAAAGCGUAGGGACAGAAGAAUCCCAUCCCCGUGGAGAGCAACAGCAGGAGAAGCAUGAUACAAACACUUACACCAUGUUUGUCUACGAACAUAUGAAGAAACACACACACACGCGUGCAGAGAAACAUGCACAGAUUUCACAUGCAGGCGAGAUCAUGUUAAUGCUAAUGGCUUGUGCUGUUUAUGCAAAAGAGUAGAUUUCUGACCUACUUUAAAGAAUGAACGCAGAGAAUGUUACCUUCGGUUUGAUUUGCAAUCUGUAUGUUUUUUUGUUCUAUUCAUUUCAUUUUUUGUUUUGAAAACAGAAGUGCUGCUUCAGGGCAUGAAAACGUUUCUCGGAUAAAAUUUCCGUGCGGCUCUUCAUGGUUGUAAAGUGAAACAGCCGACUACAGGGUGAUCCUCACAUUAUUUUUUAAUUUAUUUUUUUAUUUUCUUGGCCACCAAUUUGCCGAUCACAGUUCUCUGAUUAGCCUUUAAACGGCAUUUAGGCCCCCUCUCCAGGUUCUCCGAAUCUGGUCCGUCCAUCAUCACAGUCGGGAUACAGACGCAUGUGUGAUGGAGACAGUCCACAGCGGCGUGAUUCACAGGAAGACGGCUCAGUGACACGCUAGCGAUCACACAUCACGUUUCUGUUUCCGUUACUCUCAUUUUUACCCUGCUUUUCCCCCAAAGACACUACUCCCAUUCUGUCUUUCUAGGCUGGCUGUUCUUCAUAUGGGGAGAGGGCACAGCACAUGCAGAUCAUAUAUGUAGUUACUGUGUUUAUAUUUUUUGUUUGUUAAUCAACAUUAUGGUUAGUGUUGCUGGUAUGAUCGUUGUUCUCCUGUUAGUUUUCCGCAUUGAGACUAAUCCAUCUGUAAGAGUCUUUGCAGGCUGCGCUAUGCUGGUCCCUAACAGAUGCAAGGUAUCGUAUCAUGACUCUGCGAUUGGCAGACGGUGGAGAAAUGGCCGUCGUUUGAUUACUGUCUCCUUGAACUGGGUUUGCAAAGCACUUAUUUUCCGAACAUUCCCACCCAUGUAUGCAAUGGAAUUGUAGCUGUAAUUUGUAACAUUUGUAUCCGAGGCACCAGACUUUACAUUUCCAUCUAUACUGAUGCACCAAACAUUUUCAAAAUACUACAAGGUGGUUCCUAUGAACCUGAAUGAGUUAGACGCUAAGAUGACCGUUCAGACUUGGCUUCUAGAGAAUGCUAUCAGUGUGAUUGUUAAUGCAUAUUUAUUUUAUUUAUAGUCUGUCAGUAUUUUUUCUGCUAGUGUUGCAUCUUUGUGUACUCGGUGGCACCCGUUUUAGAAGUUAAUUUAUUGGAGUAUAAAGUUUACUGUCUGAUCCCUUUACUGAAGAAAUUGAACAGAAUACUGCAUGUGGUGCUGGCAGUUAGAGCGGUAGCCUGCUUCUGUCCUUCAGCUGCCUGAAUGCACUGUUUAUAAGGGAAAUGCUUCACUUUGAUUCAGGAGCGUCUGUCCAUAUUUUGCAAAGCUAGUAAUUGGAAAUGGUGCAGUUCUUGAGACCAUAGGGUGUGGCGUAAUGGUUUCUUAAGAUGCCUCUGUGACACGCACAAGCGCACACUCACUAUGGAUGGUGCAAAUAUUUAGACUUUACUGUUCUUUAACUUGCUUUCUCUCUUUUUUUCUUUUUAUUCCAUAUUCUGGGCAUAACCCUGGAUGUUAUUUUCGUAAGCAUGAGUGGCACUGGAUGGUAAUUUCUCUUGUUCUUAUUUUUUAUUAUUAUUAUUAUUAUUAUUAUUGUUGUUUGUGGUUCCUGGAUUUUUCAUGGAUGCUACUGACAUCCCGUCAGCUGUGAAUGCAAACUGGAGUCGUGACAGAAGCGUCUCGUCAUUCCAAAGGAAAAAAAACUCCCAACCCAUCUCUGAGCAGACCUGGGCUGUGCGACUCCGCAGCCUGGCAGGCUGCCUGAUACCAGUCUGCCGAUUUUUAGAUCCGGCAAAAACAGCCUGGCAUUGGUGCCUCGCAUGAUCUGUGUCAUAUAGGGGUGCCACAUCUGGAAUCUCGAACCCUGGUCACGAUGGGGUGACGUUACCAGGAGGCUUAAAUAAAGACCCUUUCAGUUAUUUUGAAGGGGGACCCACUGUACACUUUAAAGUACCUUUUACCCAUUUCAUAAUUGUUUGCAUUCUUUGUAUGUUUUUUACAGACAGAUGUUUAUCGCAUCCAUUUGUAUGGUGUCAUGCUGCCCAGGUCACCAUUUUGUCCCCUUUUUUUAUUUAAGAAUCCUGUUCGCUUUUUAAAAUUUUAUUUUUAUUUUUCGACUUGUAGCUCAGUUUAAUACUUUCUGUUAGCUAGAAUUUUUCAUAUUGUAUUUUUCUAACAUCGCUUCUUGUUUAAUGUUGGUGACAUUUCAAGUUGACAAUAAAACUCAAGACAAAGAAAUAUAUCUAUAUAUUGAAUUGAAUAGUGUGAUACUUGGACCAGACAUUGUGUAAACUAAUAGUAGCGACAAAUGUUUUAUUCUUUGUUCCUAAAGCUGUUUAAUAAAUGAUGUUAUAGAGUGCAAA